CAAGUCAAUCAUGUGGACAUGUUUCAUUAUUCAUUGAACACAAUCUUUUACAACGCUCGGUUUACGUGCCCGAGUUUGCUCCCGACGCCCGCGUUUAAUGUUUUAAGUUCCUGAAUGCCACGGCUCUAAGAACAUCCUUCACCCAAGACGGAACUCCGUGGCUUUAAGACUUGCCUGGGAGCUGGGACCCACCCCUCUGGCCAUCUUUCAGCAACCAGAGCAUCUUUUCCGAGGAACAUUCUUACUAGACUGACAGUCUUUAAGUCAAGCAUGCAGUGAGGGUGUUAAGGGAUGGAAGAAGCGAGUCUGUGCCUUGGAGUGUCCUCGACGGCACCGGAAGCUGAGCCUCAUCUGAGCGGCCCAGUCCUCAAUGGCCAGUAUGCCAUGAGCCAGAAGUUGCACCAGAUCACUUCCCAGCUCAGCCAUGCCUUUCCUGAGUUGCACCCGCGGCCCAACCCAGAGGAGAAGACACCUGCGGUCCUUGAGGAGAAGGCCCACGUGCCCAUGAGCGGACAGUCCAUGGGCAGCCAAAUGGCACUGCUGGCCAACCAGCUGGGCCGUGAUGUAGACAACAGCCUCAAUGGGCGUGUGGAUCUGCAGCAGUUCCUCAAUGGGCAGAACCUAGGAAUCAUGUCUCAGAUGAGUGACAUUGAGGAUGAUGCCCGAAAGAACCGGAAGUAUCCAUGUCCCCUGUGUGGCAAGCGUUUCCGGUUCAAUAGCAUCCUCUCCCUGCACAUGCGCACUCACACCGGUGAGAAGCCAUUCAAGUGCCCCUACUGCGACCACCGCGCGGCCCAAAAAGGAAACCUCAAGAUCCACCUGCGGACCCACAAGCUGGGCAACUUGGGGAAGGGGCGCGGGCGGGUACGUGAGGAGAACCGUCUGUUGCACGAGCUGGAGGAGAGGGCCAUCCUGCGGGACAAGCAAAUGAAGGGCAGCCUGCUGCAGCCGAGGUCUGAUCUCAAGCCCUUGGCACAUGCCCAGCAGGCCCCGUUGGCCACCUGCAACUUGGCCUUGCCUCCCAACCAUAGCGUGCCCGAUGUAGCCCACCCGGCACCUUCCCCCAAGCCGGCCAAUUUGCAGGAGGAUUCAGUGACCCCGGCUGCGGGCUUCAGAUGCACCUUUUGCAAAGGCAAAUUCAAGAAGCGAGAAGAGCUGGAUCGCCACAUCCGCAUUUUGCAUAAGCCCUACAAGUGCACACUGUGUGACUUCGCCGCCUCCCAGGAGGAGGAACUCAUCAGUCACGUGGAGAAGGCCCAUAUCACUGCGGAGUCUGCCCAGGGCCAGGGCCCCAAUGGUGGGGGAGAGCAGUCAGCAAAUGAGUUCCGCUGUGAGGUAUGUGGCCAGGUGUUCAGCCAGGCCUGGUUCCUGAAGGGCCACAUGCGCAAGCACAAAGACUCUUUUGAGCACUGCUGCCAGAUCUGCGGGCGGCGCUUCAAAGAGCCUUGGUUCCUGAAGAAUCACAUGAAGGUCCACCUCAACAAGCUAUCAGUGAAGAACAAAUCCCCCACUGAGCCUGAGGUGGCGGUGCCCAUGGGUGGCCUGUCCCAGGAGGCCCAUGCCAACCUGUACUCUAGGUACCUCUCCUGCCUGCAGAGUGGCUUUAUGGCCCCAGACAAAGCCAGCCUGAAUGAGCCCUCUCAGCUCUAUGGCAAGGGGGAGCUCCCGGCCAAGGAGAAGGAGGUUCUGGGAAAGCUACUAUCUCCCAUUUCCAGUAUGGCUCACAGUGUCCCCGAGGGGGACAAGCACUCCCUCCUGGGCUGCCUCAACCUCGUGCCACCACUGAAAUCCAGCUGCAUCGAGCGGUUGCAGGCAGCUGCCAAAGCUGCAGAAAUGGACCCUGUGAAUAGCUAUCAGGCCUGGCAGCUCAUGGCCAGGGGCAUGGCCAUGGAACACGGCUUCUUAUCUAAAGAGCAUCAGCUCACGCGCAACCACGAAGACCCUUUGGCAAACACCGGAGUUCUGUUUGAUAAGGAGAAGCGGGAGUACAUGUUAGUGGGAGCAGAUGGCUCCAAGCAGAAAAUGCCUGCUGAUUUGGUUCACAGCACUAAAGUGGGCAAUCAGAGAGACCUGCCAAAUAAGCUCGACCCUCUAGAAGGCAGUCGGGAAUUUUUGUCACAUGGGCUCAACCAGACGCUAGACUACAACCUGCAGGGUCCUGGGAACAUGAAAGAGAAACCCACUGAGUGCCCGGAUUGUGGACGGGUUUUCCGAACCUACCACCAGGUGGUCGUGCAUUCUCGAGUCCACAAGCGGGACCGCAAGAGCGACGAGGACGCUCUGCACGUGGGUGUGGGCCUGGAGGAGAGGCGAGGCUCAGGCAGCGACCAGGAGUCCCAGUCAGUGAGCCGCUCCACCACACCUGGCUCCUCUAAUGUGACUGAGGAGAGUGGAGCCGGAGGUGGCCUGUCGCAGACCGGAAGCGCCCAAGAGGAUAGUCCACACCCCUCUUCACCAUCUUCCUCAGACAUCGGCGAGGAGGCCGGGAGAGCCGGCGGCGUCCAGCAGCAGGCGCUGCUUCGAGACAGGAACCUGGGCUCGGCCAUGAAGGACUGCCCGUACUGUGGGAAGACUUUCCGGACUUCCCAUCACCUUAAGGUCCACCUGAGGAUACACACAGGUGAGAAGCCCUAUAAGUGUCCUCACUGUGACUAUGCUGGCACCCAGUCAGCAUCCCUGAAGUAUCACCUGGAGAGACACCAUCGGGAGCGGCAGAAUGGAGCCGGGCCCCUGUCAGGACAGCCCCCGAACCAGGAGCACAAGGAUGAGACCUCUAGCAAAGCGCCUAUGUUCAUCAGGCCGGACAUCCUUCGAGGGGCUUUUAAGGGUCUCCCUGGAAUCGACUUCCGAGGUGGUCCCGCCUCUCAGCAGUGGACAGCGGGCAUGCUCUCCUCCGGAGAUCAUUCAGGGCAGGCCACUGGCAUGUCCUCAGAGCUGUCUUCAGAUGCCCUAAAAGGCUCCGACCUUCCUUCCAAAAGCUCCCACUUCUCGGAGAUCGGAAGAGCUUAUCAAAACAUCGUGAGCAACGGUGUGAAUUUCCAAGGGUCCCUGCAGGCCUUCAUGGACAGCUUUGUCCUCAGCUCUUUGAAGAAAAAGGACACAAAGGACAAGGUCCCGUCUGAUGCCCAUCCCAUGAAAGCCCAUCCUGCGGAGGGUGGAGAGGAGAAAGCAAGCAUGAAGCCCUCCCAGCGAAAGUCUGAGAAGUCUCAGUAUGAACCUCUGGACUUGUCCGUGCGGCCAGACGCCCCCACUCUCCCCGGCUCCUCCGUGACCGUGCAAGACAGCAUCGCGUGGCACGGCUGCUUGUUCUGUGCUUUCACCACCUCGUCCAUGGAGCUGAUGGCCCUUCACCUCCAGGCCAACCACCUAGGCAGAGCAAAACGCAAAGAUCACCCCACAGGGGUGACAGUCAACUGCAAAGAGCAGGGGCGGGAGGCCAGCAAGGUCUCUGUCCUGCCUUCCCUACAGUCAAACAAAGAGAUGGCCCUUCCGAGCGCUGUCGGUGUGCUCGACUCUGCUCCUGAGAAGUUGGCCCAAGGGCCGGCCAAAGAGACUCUAGGGGACCCGAAGAGUGGUCAGUGGCCCAACCACAUGGACCCUGCCUUUUGUACCUUUCCAUCUGACUUCUACAAACAGUUUGGCGUUUACCCCACUAUGGUUGGCUCAGGGGCCCCGGGCUCCUGCCUCAACAAGAACACUGAGGGGAAAACCCACCCAGAAGACGACGCCCCUAUCCUGAUCCCGGAAACCACGAACAAAAACACUACUGAUGACCUCUCAGAUAUUGCCUCCUCCGAGGACAUGGACUCCUCCAAGGGAGAAAACAAUGAGGACGAGGAGCUAGACACCGAACCAGAAAUGACAAGCAAGCCGCUGUCUGCUCUCAGCAAGGAUGGCAGCAGUGAGGGCGGCGACAGCCUGCUGUCCCCAGGUGCCCCACAGCCCAUCCAGGGACUGGUCUCACCUUUAGCCCAAGCAGCCGAGGAACAGUGGCACAGCCCAGGCCUCCUUCCUGCCCAGGACCCCUCGGCGGGGCUGCCCAAGCCAGAGCGGGGUCCCCCAGGCUUGGAGAAGCCUAUGAGCAUGCUGUCGGUCCUCAGGGCCUACAGCGCCGAUGGCUUAGCAGCCUUUAACGGGCUUGCUAGCAGCACAGCAAAUUCUGGAUGUAUCAAGAGGCCAGACUUGUGUGGUAAGUUUUAGAAUCCUCUUCCUUCAAUUCAGUUCAUUUCCCACAAAACAUCACUGCUAAAUUGUGCAUACAAAAAAAAAAAAAAACAAAAACAAAAAGUAAAUCCAACAACAAAAUGGGGGUGAUAUACCCAUUAGCAAGACUUAAACUAAAUCUUUAAAAGGAAAUAUGAAAAGAAAAGAAAGAAAGAAAGAUAAAAAGCAAAAGCCAAUGCUGUAUAUACAGCAUAGACAAUCACGAAAGUCAAGUUUCGUUCUGUUUUGAAACGUGUACUUUUGGGGUCUGACUUUCUGUGUGCCGCCCAUACAGAAGGCAUGGGAAGGAGACAGUAUCUCAAAGUGUGGACUCCCCUCUUACUUUUCAUCCAUAAGUUGAGGAGGGGAAGAAAGUUCACCUAAAAAAAAAACAAAAACAAAAACAUAAACCAAACAGAUAUGGUGACUUGCAAGCUUCCCAAUAUUUUAACUCAUUCAAAAAACAAAGACAAAAACCAAACCAAACCAAUGCCUAGAGAGAGUCUCCCACUGCUCUGCCAAGCAGAGUCUGCUUGCCCUCGUUCUUGUCAUUGACCUAGAGGAUACUAAAAGUCAUCACACUAACACAGCGUAGCAAGGGGCUCUCUCUCCAAGUUCGGGAGAUGGCUUCGGAGUGUUUGUGACUCACCUGUGACAUAUCAAAUGGCAGUUACUGUGACGUUGGCCUUCUGCCGUUGUUGCCUUCUGUCUCUGUCUGUCUGUCUGUCUGUCUGUCUGCCCAAUCUGUCUGUCUGUCGUCCUAACAAGAGGCCUGCAUUGUGAAGUGUCUGAUCAGCCAGUGUGGUGACCCUAUGUGUCUUGAAUUUAUGCCUGUCCGAUCCUGUAAGUCAGCAGCCUCUCCUUUCCUUCAAGAAUCCCAUUACCCCACGGUAAUUCUAGAUUUUUUCAAAGCACAAUCCUAAACCUGAAUGGGACCAAAUGGGUAUUGGGAGGGACGGGGACAGGGACCAUCACAUCCCUGUUCCUGUGUGGAGUCUGAUCUGCAGAGAGCAGCUCCUGGCCCAGGGAGCCCACGAGAGACUGGGAGCGGCAUGGGACUUAACCAUAGAAUUCUUGAACAAAUUUCUGAGAUCUUCCCCCUUUUUCUUUCGUGGAAGGAAGGAAAAGAGGAAAGGAGGGAAUGGUGGGCACAGGGGAGCUUUCUAAACCUCACAUCCUGAUUCCUUCAGCACAGAGCGGAAAUCAUGAAGCCAGGCUGCUUAUAAUCUAAAUCGAUAAAUUUCCUUUUGUUUUUCCUGUCAUUCCCUAAUUCACUAAGAAGUGGAUCAAGCAGUCAGAAAUACCUUUUUGAAUGGUCAAAAAUCACUAAAUGGAUUUAUGACAGCUCAAAAAAAUAUCGAUGGCUUCUUAUACUGAAUGACUCCCGAGGUCCCAUUAGCCAGUACCCCGGCUCUAUUUUUAGCCACGUACGAUUCAUUACUCUCGAAGCUGUUAAAAACAAUUUUUAAAAGAAGAAGAAAAGGGAUUUAUGUCUGUCCAAUAUCCCAUCUUCCUUCUGCAGAGGAUGGUAUUUAAGUCUUUUUCUUUCAUUUGUUUCAAGUUUUGUUGGGGUGGUUUUAUAUGUAUUGUUGUUGUUUGAGGAUUUUUUUUUUUUAAGUCUAUUUUCAGUUCUUUUGAUUACCUUCAUAGGAUCAUGGUUCCUGCCAGGAAUCUACGCAUCAGAAAAGAUCAAACCCUGGCAUGUACAUAAGCUCAUUAUUAUUGAAAUGAGCUCAUAUUACCCCCAUUAAUUUCCCCAUCUUCCUAUCCGUGGAAGAAAGGCUGCCUGCCUUGAGCAAGCUUGUCCAGUGAUGUCUCUUUGCAUCAGGCAGUGGGUGGAGAGGGCAGCAGAGGAAGGGAUCUUCUGAUGUCCCGAGACACUUUUAGAAAUGGCUGGAGUUCGGAUCCCUUCCCCAGAUAUCAGCUCACACCACUCACCUAACAUUGCUAUGGUGGUACAUGCAAAAAAAAAAAAAAAAAAAAAAAAAAAAA